UCGAAGAAACCAGUUCAAUAAUAAAAUGUCUUUAAUUAAAAAACUAGUAAUUCUAUUGUGUCCACUGCUUAUUGUUAGUGCAAGUGCUCAAUAUUGCAUAUGCAAAAAAAACUGUCCACCAAAAACCUGUACGGGUACCUAUAGUGCAGAUGUGUACAUCGACAAAACAAGUGGAGAAAUUUCCGAAGAAAUCAGAAGAUUUACGUUCGAAAUCAUCGACAUGACUUUCGGAAAUUUGAAAACUAUUGAAGCCAAAAUCUUUCAAGAUCUGAAAGUGAAGAACCUGUUGCUGAGAAAUAACUAUAUUUCUGAAAUUGGAACAGAUUCGUUCACCGGAAUAUCAAACUUAAAGGAUUUGCACUUGGAAUAUAACGUGAUUAAAACGCUGCAACGUAAUUCGAUUCCGGCAACUGAAAAUCUCUAUUUAGAUUACAAUUUAAUCGAGGUGUUGAAUCGAUGGAUGUUCGCUUCAAUUUCAACGAUUUCCGUACUCUCGGUAACGAAUAAUAAGAUUGCUGUUAUUUCUUCUGAUACGUUCAAAAACUCAAGAAUGACUCACUUAUUUUUGAGUAUGAAUAGGAUCGUGACUAUAACCGAGGAAUCUUUCGCUGGUAUGCAAGGAAUUUUAGAAGAAAUCCAUCUGGAUGGAAAUGGAAUAGAAAUGAUCGAAAUUAAUUCCAUCCCGAAAGCUAAAACAGUUUACUUGAAUAAUAACUAUCUGACGUCUUUAACACCGAAGAACUUUAUGAAUAUAUUUUUCACGACAAACGUGGAUGUGCGCAAUAAUUGCUUGAAUCUGAAGUUCGUCGAUGAAUUUUUCAACAUGUCAAAUGUCAAUUUUAAGCAAAACAAUGGUAUUUGCGCCUUACCGAAAUACAACACUAACUCAAUAAUGAUCUGGGUGCUUUAUGCAAUUCUUGCCGCAUUGUCUCUUGUUUUUAUUAUUUUGAUUGCGAACCUAAUCAUUUGCAAACGAAGGAAUGCCGUCUCCAACGUUCAACAAUUGUCCGUCAAUUUUACGAACACCGACAACAACAGAUUAGGAUGUAAUAUUACUCAGGCUCUUCCUAUAGUAUAUGAUGAAAUUCCAGUUGUCAAUAAACCAGUUUUAAAAUACACGGAAUAUGAAAACUUCGGAUAUUUAUCACCUAUUGUCAAUAAAAGUACGAGUUACCAAAAAGUGGGAUAAUGUGCAAUAGGUUAACGAACAUAAUCCAUUCAAAUUCGCUAUCCGAAUCACCGAAACCGAUCAUCAAUUUAAGAAGUUUAAGUUUAUAUCACUACUAUUAUUAGUUCCAAAAAGCAAUGUCAAUUGAUUCGAAAAGUGUACGUUAUCCGAA